GGGAGGAGGCGGCCCAGCCUGCGCUCGGGGGGGGGGAGGAGGAGGGCGACGAUUUGCGCAGCGGCCAAGUCAGGUGUCGAUACACGCGAUACCCUACGAGCAUCAUCCCUCAGCAGGGCAAACACCAAGUGCAGUGUCAAGUCUGUCCACCCCCGAAUUAA